AUGUCGAAAUCCAUACCGAAUUUGCAAGAUUCUCUUGUAAAUGAUAAAAAAAAUACAAAUGAUAUUGUUGGUGUAAAAAUGGAGAAGACUAUUGGUUUUGUCAGCAGCAUCACAAUUAUUAUCGGCUCAAUUAUUGGUUCAGGUAUAUUUGUUAGUCCAACUGGUAUAUUGGAAAAUAUGCAGAGUUUUGGUGCUAGCUUGAUUAUUUGGAUUGGAUGUGGAAUUUUUUCUUUAUUGGGAGCCUAUUGCUAUGCUGAACUAGGCACAAUGAUUCAACGCUCAGGUGGAGAUUAUGCUUAUAUGCUUGAAGCAUUUGGUUCAUUUAUGGGAUUUUUACGUCUGUGGAUUGAAGUGAUGGUAGCUAGACCAGCUACUAUGGCUGUCAUUGCUAUGACAUUUGCUAAAUACAUUUUACAGCCUAUAUUCCCUGAUUGUCCACAGUCUAAUGCAGUUGUACGAUGUCUAGCAGCUGUAUGUAUCAGUAAGCAAAUUCAAUUGACUAGAACAUUUUUGCUUAUUAAACAAUAAAUAUCCAUGACCUAACUCUUUGGCUUAUUAAUUCACGUUGCGGGUAUGAUUUUAUCUAACCUUUAGAGUUCGUAAUUGAAAAUUUUAUGGCCCUGUAUCUGACUCCAUUUAGAUCGUAUGCUGAUUGUUAUUGAAAUAUA